AUGAAGGUGCUCGAUAGCACUGGCAGAAGUGCUAGAGUUAGAUCCGGAAACACAGCAGCAGACUAUCACUCCCCGACCACUCAAAGCAAGAAUCGAUCUCUCACCAACGAUCUCAACAAUAUGAACAUGAACAUCAGCCAAGGUAGUCAAGGUAACCAGCGCAGUGGUGGCAGCAACAAUCCGAAGGGUAGCUCCGCAAGCAAUCUGCCCCAAGGUUCCCAACACGGCAGAGACAGCAUGGGCUCGAAUAAGCAAAACCCUGGGAAUGUUCAAGCUCGUUCAUCAUUCUCUGGCCGCCUAGAUCCCAAGGUCCCACCCUUCCAGUCCAACAGCCAGAACCAAGGUCAAGGUCAAUAUACGCCUUAUUUGAGCCAACACGACCCAAUCAGCCAAGUCCAACGACAAUCUACAAUGAUGGCUCAACAGCUCGAAAUUAUCAAUGAAGCUUCCACUCGGUACCAGGCCAAGAUCUCCGACCUCAUUAAGAAGAUUGAUAGGAGCGAUGGCAUAAACACCGAGAUGCAGGCGACAUUAGUUCGGGACGUGCGCGACCUUGGUCUGGAGUAUGGCCAACAACAAGUACAACUGCAGGCACACUUCAAUAAAGUUGUCUUUGAGAGAGACAUGAAUCUCAAUCAGCUCAACAUCAUGUCCGCCAACCUCACCAGAGCAUAUGCUGAUCGCGAUCAAUUCGGAGAGGAGAGAGAAAAAAUGCGCCGUUCCUCGGAGCAAUCGUCGUUGGAGUACCAGAAGAGUAUCGAUAGGCUCAAUGAGCUUGUAAACCACUGGGCCAACAAGAAUGCUGCUGCUCUCAAAAAGAUUCAGCAGCAAGAUGAGCAACUCGAAGGCAAGCGUGCUCUCUGGCUUCUUGUGAACCCUGGUGCCAGCCCCGAACGAGACGCCAUAGCUAGUGCUCUCGAGAAUACUGUCACUUCACCAGUUGUAGCUCAGCGAUCCUUCCACGGUCACCAGCUAAGGAGGGCCAGUGGUACCAUCAAGGCCACAGAUAAGCUGACUCCGCCUUCCACGACGCCGAAGAUUACUGGUCUCAUGGGUGACGGCUUUGGUUCUGCUGAGCUUCCUUCAAUGAGCUACAGGCUCCCAGAAAGUAGCGCUUCGAUUGGUCAAACCUACAGAACCGAUGGUCUUAUAGCACCGCGUCGCCGCCUUACAGCCAUGCCCUCCGGUCCUGCACCAAAAGAUCGCUGCCUUUUCCUUCCCGGGCCGUCAUUGACAUCGAAAAGAAUUACAACUCAUACUGGGGCAGAUUCCAUCACCUGGUCCCGAUCUAUGGCGACCCCUGCUCCUGCUUCCCCUACUGCUCCCUCUGCUGAACCCUCCACGUGUCCUGUUCAGAAUCUCUCCAGCAGUCUGGUCCUUCAUGUAAAUCCAAAGGACCCUUCAACGUUUUACCAGGAACAGUUUUCAGAGCUCUAUGCGAUGGUAGAGAACUGGGUCGGCUCGCAUUGUCAUUCUCCAAACCUUGAGAAUGACCAGGAGAUCGCCAGAAGCAACCAGGUCCUUUGGGCCUUUAUGAUGAAUUGCACAUACCCUGGCCAAAGGCAGGAUGCGCAUACCCAUACGAUGACCCUUUUGAAUGACACUGCCUCGAGACCUUGGUUCGUUAUGAGAAUGGCAGUGUCUUAUAUCGUUGAGGAGAUCUUGUCUCUUGCUCCCUACAAGUUGUUCAGCCAAGAUGUAGAUACCGCACUUGAGAAAGUCAAGACCAGAAUUGCAGAGCGAGGUCUGGCCAUUGAGGCUCGCCAAUCUCUCGUCGACCAGCGUGCAGCAAUCAUCCAGCGUGUCGUUAAAGGCCCGACCUGGGAUCUCUUCCGCAAAUCUCAACUUGCUACCCAUAGUAAGGCUCUUCGCGAGAUACUCGGCCCAAUGCUCGACAACAACUCCCUGCGUUCUGUCGCUGGAGGAGACCUAGGUGCUAUCAUUAUCAAGGCUUGGGAAAUCUCCGUGAGCAUCAAUUCUUCCAAGCUUACGUUUCAGGUGUACUUCCCGGAGACUGCCCAGAAGUUCAGUGCUGCUACUAUGAUUUCCAAGGACAAGCAUUACGUCGAUCCAAUGACUUUGCAGAUCAAGCAAGUCCGACUCAAGUUGGUCAUUACCCCCGUCGUCACUAUGCGUGAUGACAGAGGUACUACGAUCCGGGCAAAGAAUCUGCACAGAGCCAACGUCUUGACGAUGGCUUAG